AUGCCUUCAGCUUGGUUAAUUAGUCUCAAGAAAUCAGUUGACUGUAAAUCAAACUUGUCUGGUGUCAAGGAACCCCCCAUAUCUAUUGCGAGCGCUGAGAUUCUCAAUCCGAUAACACAUCAAACAGUUUUCACAGGCUCUAAAUGUGUUCUCGAGAUUAAAACUCGGGGUUCUGGUAAUGAUAGUGGCAAGGGAAGUUCAACUUUUGUGGGAACCCUUAGCCCUGGUACACCGGGUCCUGGAGACCGCUUUAUGGAGGCAGCCUACAGUGGCAGGAGGUCGAGGGGUCCUUCCAUUUUGGGAGGUGGCUGUGGCAUCUCUUCGAAGAGCAGGAGAUCCCUUGAUUUGGAGUACCAAUUCUAUGUUUGCCUGAAAUGCAGCGAAAGUUUUGAAAAUUUGGAAGCCAUAGAAUCACAUCAUCUCUCCAAGCAUGCUGUUACAGCACUUUCCGAAGGAGACUCAUCCAAGAAAAUAGUGGAAUUAAUUUGCCAAACAGGUUUUUCCGAAUCUGAAAAUCAAUUUGGUGAAAUUGAAAGGAUAUUGAAGGUUCACAACAUGCAAAGAACCCUUGCGCAAUUCGAAGAUUACAGAGAAAUGGUAAAGCUCAAGGCAAAUAAACUAUCCAAGCAACAUCCACGCUGCCUGGCUGAUGGGAAUGAGCUUUUGAGGUUCUAUGGCACAACUGUCGCAUGCUCUCUUGGCUUGGAAAACACUCUAAGCCUAUGCACAUUGGAGAAAUGUGGUGUCUGUCAAAUUCUAAGAUGUGGGUUUUUCAGCAAGAAGGAACCAAAGGGAUACUGGGGUGUUUUUACUUCUUCCACAAGUAAAAGAGCUAUGGACUCUAUUGAACUUGAUGAAGGAAUCCUUAGUUUAAGGAAAGCUCUGGUCGUGUGCAGGGUAAUUGCCGGUAGGGUUCUUAAACCUUCAGAAAAUUUACAGGAAAUGGCAGGUCAAUCAAACUUUGAUUCACUUGCUGGAAAAUCUGAUUGCCAUUCGAAUAUCGAUGAACUCUAUUCACUAAGCCCUAAAGCUCUCCUCCCUUGCUUUGUUGCAAUCAUUUGAAAAAAUUGAUUGCCCAUUCAAAUAUUCAAAGAACCCUAUUCACUACAUAAGUGCUCAUUUUAUCUUAGUAAUAUAUUGGACUGAUUAAACAUAUUAUCUAUGUGCAUUGAGGCCUAUUUUCUUUCUUCAACCUUCUUUGUGAUUAUUCAUUCUUACAGUUAUUAGUUUCUUCUUUUCUGAGAUUUUUCUUCUCUCUAACAUCAAUUAUACUGAAUUGUCAUGAUACUGCACCAACUCUAGAAUUCUUAGCCAUGCUUUGAUUUCCAGCUUAACAGCUUGUAGUUUCUUAUAGUGAAACUGCCUCGAGGAUUGUUGGUGCCAAAUAAGUCAGUUUGGACAUCAACAAUACUGCUAUUUGAGCAACC